UUCCUCCCGUUGAGCCAGAGAGAGAGAGAGAGAUUGAGUUCACUCCGCUCCGUCUCGUGUUUUCCCCCCCUCCUCUGUCUGCUGGGGUGAUUACUCUGAUUUACUCUGACCCAGCUUGGUCCCCCCAGAGACUCCUUCUCCCUCACACACACGAGGACCUGCUGACGCUCACCCUGGUGGGGCCCGGGCUGCGAGGCUUUCACCCAGACCCACCGAGCUCAGCCUGGAUGGCGCUGGAUGGAGUGAGCGCCGAGCACUGAGGCUGGACCUGGAGCUCAGCAGCAUGGAGUUGGGAAGAGUUUGGUCCAGAUACCAGCGCACGCUGCUCCUCACCAUGAUGAUGUUCAAGUUAGGCUUCCUGUGCACCGCGGCGUCGGACAAGUGCCUGUCGUCGCCUUGCAACAAUGGCGCCACCUGUUUGGAACACAUGGGGGACGUGGUGUGCCUGUGUCCCAAAGGCCCGGUGUGGUAUGGCGGGAAGUUCUGCGACGAGCUGUACGACGCGUGUCUCCACGCCGCCUGUGAGAACUGCACCAGCGAGGCCGGCACCGGCACCUUCACCUGCCACUGUCCCGCCGGCUACACCGGCGCCAACUGCACCCAGGAGGUGGACGAGUGUGAGAGCAACCCCUGCGGCGGGGCUCGCUCCCACUGCGUCAACCGGCUCAACGGCUAUUCCUGCCACUGUCCGCCAGGCUCCGCAGGGGACGCCUGCGAGAGGAACGUCAGCGUUUGCUCGGAGGACGCUUGUGAGAACGGAGGCCGGUGCACAGACGUGCCAGACCUGGGGCCCCGCUGUCACUGCCUCCCCGGCUUCCAGGGCUCGCGCUGCGAGCAGGACGUGGACGAGUGCCUGUCGGGGCCUUGUCAGAACGGCGCCAUCUGCAGGGACGUGGUCAACGGUUACCAGUGCUUCUGCGUGCCGGGCUUCCAAGGCUCCCACUGUGACCUGGACAUCAACGAGUGCGCGUCGCGGCCCUGUCAGAACAACGGCACCUGCCAGGACGAGGUGGACCACUACUGGUGUGACUGCGCCCCCGGCUACAGAGGGAUGAACUGCGAGACUGAGAUUGACGAGUGCGAGUCUCAUCCCUGCCUGAACGGCGCCACCUGCCAGGACCACAUCGCCAUGUACCGGUGUGAGUGUGUGGCCGGGUUCCAGGGCCACGACUGUGAGGUCAACAUCGACGAGUGUGCCAGCUCACCGUGCCUGAACCAGGGGCGCUGCAUCGACCAGGUCAACAGCUUCCGCUGCGACUGUGAAGGGACUGGGUUUGUGGGUGUCCGCUGUGAGGAGGAGAUCCUGGAGUGUGCGUCCAGCCCCUGCCUGAACGGAGGCUCCUGUGAGGACAUGAUCAACCAGUACGCCUGCCUGUGCUGGCCAGGCUUCCAGGGGGUCAACUGCCAGGAGGAUGUGGACGAGUGCGAGCUGCAGCCCUGUGAGAACGGCGGCGAGUGUUUCCAGCGCUCGGAGCGCCGGAACUACGGCGUCCUGCCCGAGCUCAGCGCCGCGGAGUUCAGCUACGAGGCGGCGUCAGGCUUCCUCUGCCGCUGCCUGCCUGGAUUUACCGGAGCCAACUGUUCCAUCGACGUGGACGAGUGCGAGUCUGCGCCGUGUCAGCACGGAGGGAGCUGCCGCGACCUGGUCAACUCCUUCCAGUGCUCCUGUCGGGACGGCUUCAGGGGCGUCCUCUGUGAAGAAGACAUCGACGAGUGCCAGAGCAAUCCCUGCCAAAAUGGCGCCACCUGUGAGGACGCGGACAACUCUUACCGAUGCCACUGUCCCGAGCCGGACGCUGGCCUGGACCCCUGGGGAGGUCCCAACUGUGAUGUGGUGCUCCUGGGCUGUAAGCAGCACCGCUGUCAGCACGGCGGAGGCUGCCUCCCUCUGCUGACCUCUGGUGGCGAGCACAGCUACACGUGUUCCUGCCCGGCGGGCUGGGCGGGGGAACUCUGCAACACCUCCACCACCUUCUCCUUCAACUCGGACGGAUACGUGCACAUCCAACUCCCGCUGCCCCAGAACAGGAGCCGGCGCGAGGCGGACGGCCUGCAGGUGCAGCUCAGGUUCAAGAGCACCCUGCCGGACAUGGUGCUGUACUUCCGGGGCCACGCGGAGAGCUAUCUUCUCCUGGAGAUGAUCAAAGGAUCCCUGAAGGCCAAGCUAAGGAGCGGCAAGCUUCUGGAGGUGACUUACCCGCGGGCGGUCAACGACGGGGAGUGGUGGCAGGCGACGGUGUCGGUGGACGACAGCCUGGUUCUGCACGUGGAAGGGCCCGGCUGUGAGAGAGGCUGCAAGGUCAAGAACGAAGGUCAGAACCAUCUGAUCGUGUUCAGCCCAAGUGAGUUCCGGCAGCUGUACGUGGGCGGGGCUCCCGCCGAAUACUUGGUCCACACCAGCAGCGGGGCGGGAUUCAUCGGGUGCAUGGAGGACCUGACGGUGAACCGGAAGCUGCUGCUGCCACAGGAUCUGGUCCGAGAGGAGAACCGCGGUCUGGAGCUGGGCUGCGUGAAAAAGGACUGGUGUCAGGUCGACCCCUGCGGGCAGCACGGGAGCUGCGUGGACAUGUGGGUGCGAGCCAGGUGUGAAUGUCAGAGGCCGUACCAUGGAGAGGUCUGUGAGCAAGAGUAUCCAGCCUCCACCUUCAGCCACGAGGACCUCAACAGCUACGCAGCGUUCACCAUUGUGGAGACGCACGGGGAUGAGUUUGCCGUCUCCUUCAUCAUGCGCUCCCUGAAGCCCAGCGGCCUGCUCCUGCAGUUCCACAGGGACGGGAAGUCCUACCUCACCAUGUACCUGAAGGACUCCGCCGUGGCCGUCUACAGCCCGCACACCACCCUGCUGUCGGAGGCGCGCUCCGUCUCCGACGGCAACUACAACUUCGUCAGUGUGAAGAUCAGCAAAUCUCACGUGGUCUUCCCCCGAGCAGGGAACCAUCGGGCCAUAGGGAACGUGAGCGUGGAGGCUGGGGACGUGGUGUUUGUGGGAGGGCUGCCCGCGGGCAGGAGCACCGGCGCCUGGGGGGGCACCUUCAAGGGCUGCCUGCAGGACCUGAGGCUGGACAACAAGCAGCUGUCCAUGCAGGAGCACAUGACGGAGCAGGGCAGCUACAGCUUCAGCAGCCAGGAGAACGUGAUGCCGGGCUGUCUCAGCGACGACACCUGCAAGACCGAGCCGUGUUUCCAUGGAGGCCAGUGCCGGGUCACCUGGAAUGACUUCAAGUGUGACUGUCCCGUCAACUACUCGGGGCCAGUGUGCCAGAGGCGUCUGUGGUGCGUGGAGCAGCCUUGCUCUGCAGGAGUGCGCUGUGUGGACCUGCAGGACGGCUAUGAGUGCUUGACUGAUGCCACGUUCCAGGACAACCUGAUCCACUACACGGCCAACAACUCCCUGCAGAGUCCCGUGACCAACAUCACGAUGAGCAUCAGAACCCGGGACAACGAUGGGAUUCUGCUGAAGGCCGUGGGCAGGGAGGAGCUUUUCUGCCUGGCCGUGUUCAACUCCAGCCUUCUGAUCAAACUGGACAGCGGCGUCAGCUCGGAGCUGCUGGCCUUCACCAGCGACAGGCUCAUUGCCGACGGGGCGUGGCACGACAUCCUGCUGACCAUGGCCGACCCCACGCUGCCCGUGUCCCGAUGGCGCCUGGUGGUGGACGGACAGACUGUCGGCGGGAGCUACGGCAACGGAGGGAACCUGAACUUCAUGAACGAGACUCAAAUACAGCUGGCUGGGAACUUCUCUGGGUGUCUGGGAGAAGUGCGGGUGGGUGGAGUCUACCUGCCGCUGGCCGACGUCCCCGACGCUCCGCAGUGGAGCCGCUUCUCCAGACUCAACCAUGAGCAGCCACUGUUGGGCUGCCACAGUGAGCCGGUGUGCGACUCGCAGCCCUGCCUGAACCAGGGCGUGUGUGAGGACCACUUCAACGAGUUUAACUGCAGCUGUCUUCCUGGCUGGGAAGGAGAGCUGUGCCAGAGGGACAUCGACGAAUGCUCUUCAAACCCCUGUGUCUACGGCACCUGUGAGAACCUGCUGGCUGACUACCGCUGCCACUGUGAACCCGGGUACACGGGGCGCAGCUGUCAGGAGGAGGUGGACGACUGCCUGCAGUUUGGCUGUGUCAACGGAGGGAGCUGCGUGGAGGAGACGCAGACCUGCACGUGUCUGCAGGGAUACGUCGGCAAGCGCUGCCAGUGGCGGUUCCCCCCAGUCACUUGUGACACCAACGCUGAGUGCUUCAACGGAGGCGUUUGCAUCGGCGGCAACUGCACGUGCAAGCCAGGCUUCGUGGGAGCCAGGUGCGAGAUAGACGUAGACGAGUGCGAGUCCUCGCCUUGUCUCAACGGCGCCACCUGUCUGGACCGACUCAACCACUUCCAGUGUGUGUGCGUGCCAGGCUUCCGAGGCACGCUGUGCGACAGCAACAAAGACCAGCUGAAGGAGCGGGUCCCGUGGCUGGUGGUCACCAUCCCCCUGACCACCCUGUGUGUGCUGCUCGCCAUCUUGGUGGUGUUUUUCCUGGUCAUGACGGCGCGGAAGAAGCGCCAGUCCGAGGGAACAUACAGUCCCAGUUCCCAAGAGGUGGCAGGGGCCCGGCUGGAGAUGGGCAGCGUCCUCAAGGUGCCCCCGGAGGAGAGGCUGAUCUGAGCCUGACCCACACCUCCAGCUGCUCCCGGGGGUCCGACCUGCCCGACCCUGGAGCCGGUCAGAAGCACAUCUGGUUCCUGCCCAGUUGCUGCAUCACUAUUUAUUUGUUGGAAGGAGAGGCGUGAAGAAACGUUCAAGUCAGUGUGAGGGAGAGGUGGAACCUCCCCUGGUGGACGAUUCUUAAGGUGCUGGACACAGUCAAGGAUGGUCUCCUCUCGCCUGGCAACUGGGCUCUGCACCACCAGUGUGUUCAACUCUCUCAUUCAUGGGACGUAGAAACUGAGCUGAACCAAAAGGCACCGGCGUCUGAGGACUUGCUUUUGUCACUAUUGUACUUGUGUGGACAUCUUGCACUGCAGAACAUUGUGGAUGUAUUUUUUUAUGUUGUGGCACAUAUUUCUGCUGAGGUCUUUAAACACUGUAGCCUCCAUGACGGUGAAGGAAGGCCGAGCUGGAGGCCCCAUCACCACAGGGCCACGCUGCUCUCGGUUGUUUUUCAUGUGGUCGAACCUGCAGCGCCCAGAAGUCACUCGUCCUAAGCACCAAUGAGCAGUGACCAGUCACCAAUGGCUCCAAUGGCCAGCCAGGUGCCAGCGGUGCCCCAGAGGGGGAACCAGGCAGAGGGGGAACCAGGCAGGAGCAGUAGCACCGUGCUUGGCACGACGCCCCCAGAUGCAACUUAGAAUGGCUACCGGGGAAAAGGGCGCCAACUGCAGUGUAAAUUUUCUCCCUUGCUUUGACUCAUGACAUGUGGCCCAUGUUCCCUGGGAGCCAGCAUCCUCGCUCCCUGUUGACCUACAGGUACAGUACCUGUAGGUCCUGGCCCCAGGUCUCUUCCAUGGAGAGCAUCAGGAGGGACCUGGCUGGAGCUGGCGCACAGCCACCUGGAGAGCUCCACUGUGGUCGGGCCAGGAGGACCUGGUGAACCAAUGUGAAAGACUCAGGAGGCUUCCAUCUGUGGACAGCCUCACCAGCUGGGAUCAGACACUUUGGGAUUUACAGAGUAGACCACGUAGCUUAUUGUUGUUGUCUUGAUUUCCCACUUUUGUUUUAGAAAAACUGUUUUUUUACUGUUGUCUGUUUGAAGGUCCCGCAGCAGAGGGAUGAUAGGUCCGUGUGCUGUGCAUGAGCGUUAAGAUGAGAGAGACGAGUCAAUAGUAGAUCUGAUGAAGAAGAUGGUCCGUGUUGCUGCCGCGUCUGAAUGGAAGCCUCCUGACCGCGCUGUGAUGCUGAACUUACCCUGGAGCCUCGGCCGCAGCUGAAGGCCACACGCUGGAUCUGACUGACGACGGGUGUUGUUGCUGAGGAGUGUUUGCCCAUAUUGUUGAGUGUUUACUGAGGUCCAAGAUGGCCGGCUUGUCAUUGGCAGGGCCUCUCACACAUUUGCUACUUUGGUACUCACUUUUAUUGGGUCCAAACCGUGAAGAGCGCCACCUGCUGCCCCCUCCAUGUAGACCAUGGGUGUGUGCCAGAGUCUCUGUGAGGCUGGGCCGAAGGCUUCUUGAGGGUUUGCUUCGUCUGAUAUCUGGUAUUCAUGUGCAUUGAAAGAUUCUUUGUGCCAAUGUGAGCCUCUGGAAGAUCUAUGCCCUAAAAACCGGGCACAAGUCGCCCCACAAACGUCCGGCGUGGUCUUGAGGCGUCCCAUCACGCACUGCAGGCCUCAAACCUCUCACCAACCUACUGUUGUUUUCACCAGUAUCAGAUGUCGCCUGGUCGUAUCGUGGUAAUAAUGGCAGCGUUUUGAUGACACCAGUAGCCUUCGAGUCAUUCGGUGCUUCCAAGUUAAAGCCUCACUGCCAUCCAAUCCACUCAUGCAGUGUUUUCUACCACCUCACUUCAGACCAGCAGGGGGCCUGCGGGGGCCACUCCCAGGCUGCAUUCAGGCACCCGGUGCUGGGCAUGAAACUGUAUCCUGAGGCCCCUGACGUGGACCGAUGUUUCAGUUCAGUGUUGCUUCACUCUGGACUUGGUCCUCAUUACAACGUUCACAGUGCCGAGGGAACUUCAUCAUUAGGUCAAGUGAAUGGGAGGGAAAAGAAAGACGUCAGCAUCAGAAAAGCUUUGGAGCCAAAAGGUUGAGUCACAAAGAUGUGAUCUAUAUGCUGAUCACUAGUGAUGGGUAGGUGACGCAUCGUGAAACAGUGAUGAAACAGUGAUGAAACAUUGUCCUCAUUUUCAGAGGCCUCUAGAUGGUGCUCUUGUUUUAGAGAUUAUGUGAAGUUUCAUUGAAUCAGGUCCAAACCUCUGGUGGCCUCUGAAAAUCAGCACGCUGUUUCACGAAACCUCGUCCACCCUACACUACUAUUUCAUGAAGCCUCAUCCACUCUUCACUGCUGUUUGAUGAAGCUUCGUCCAGCCUUCACUACUGUUUCAUGAAGCCUCAUCCACUCUUCACUACUGUUUGAUGAAGCCUCGUCCACCCUUCACUACUGUUUCAUGAAACCUCAUCCACUCUUCACUACUAUUUGAUGAAGCCUCAUCCACUCUUCACUACUAUUUGAUGAAGCCUCAUCCACUCU